AUGAACAAUAUCAACAUCACAAACAAACUCGGGGAAGGAGGAUUUGGUACCCUACGAGAAGGGAAGGGAAUAGCAGUAAAAGGACUUUCUAGUAGCUCAGGGCAAGGCAUAGAAGAGUUAAAAAAUGAGACGUUGUUGAUCUCCAAGCUCCAACAUAAAACUCUUGCCAGGAUCAUGGGCUGCUGCGUCAAAGAAGAUGAGAAGAUACUGAUUUAUGAGUUCAUGCCAAACAGAAGCUUGGACACUCUUCUAUUUGAUCCAGCGCGGAGACCUGAGUUUGAUUGGGACAGACGCUUCAAUAUUAUUCGGGGUAUUGCUAGAGGGCUUCUUUAUCUCCACCAUGAGUCUUAUUUCAAAGUAAUUCAUAGAGAUUUUAAGAAGGUUGUGAGGUCUGCAAUCCGUGUGGCAUGCGUUGUUUCGGAGACCGUGGCACUCAACCAUUCGAAUGUGCGGUGGUAUGUUUUUGGGGACGAUGACACGGUUUUAUUUCCGGAGAAUUUGGUGAAGACACUUUCUAAGUAUGAUCAUAGGCUGUGGUACUACAUUGGGACAAACUCAGAGAUCUAUGAGCAGAACAGAAUUUUUGGAUUUGGAAUGGCUUAUGGUGGUGCUGGUUUCGCUAUAAGUUCCCCUUUGGCAAAAGUAUUGGCAAAGGUGUUUGAUUCAUGUAUAGAAAGAUAUCCUCAUCUAUAUGGAAGUGACUCCAGGAUCUCCUCUUGCUUGGCAGAGCUUGGCAUUGGCUUAACUCGGGAGCCUGGCUUCCAUCAGAAUGAUAUUCAUGGAGAUACAUUUGGUCUGUUGGCUGCGCAUCCAUUAACACCCUUGGUAUCUCUGCAUCACUUGGAUCACAUAAGCUCUAUCUUCCCCAACAUGACAACUAUCAAGGCUCUGCAACAUUUAUUUAAGGCUGUGAAUGCUGAUUCUCAGAGGGUUCUACAAAAAACAGUUUGCUAUGACAGAUGGUUUUCAUGGACCAUAGCAGUGUCAUGGGGUUAUGCUGUUCAAAUUCAUGGAAACCAUAUCCUUCUGCCGGACGUCCUCCCCAUGCAAGAGACGUUCAGCCAGUGGAAAAAGGGAAGUGUUCUGUCAGGAGCUUAUACUUUCAACACAAGAGAACAUCACAAGGACCCGUGUCGAAGACCGGUUGUUUUCUUUCUGGACAAUGUGUCUUCUGCUGGGGAUGGGAUCAAGAGCAUCUACAAAAAGUCCUAA